AUGUUGUUUGAUUCUGAGGAUAGCACAUCAGAAUAUGAUGAUGAUGGUGAAUCUAGUUUUAGCGAUUUAGAUAUGACAUAUGAUGAUGAGAGGAUGACAGAUGAAAGCCAGACAGACAGUUCUAUGUCGUUUGCAUGGUCUGACGUGGAACGUAAUCAGAUUAUGCAUUUACCAUUUACAAAGUCACCUGGACUGCCUAUAGCAAUAACUGACACAAGUGAUCUGUUAGAAUAUUUCAAUUUGUUCAUUAUUGAUGGCAUGAUUAGUAUGAUUGUUACUGAAACAAACAGACGAGUGUGUCAGCUUAUUGAGGGCUCGACCUUGAAGCGCAGAUCCAGUUUAAACCAGUGGAUUGACGUGACGAGUGAUGAAAUGAAGGUUUCAUUUGCAGUGUUUAUUUAUCAAGGAAUUUUUCAAAAGCCUGAGGUUGAGUUAUAUUGGUCAACAAAACAGUUGCUUGAGACACCGUGCAUCAGGCAGAUAAUGACUGAAAUGCAUUUCACCUUGCUCUCGAAAUAUCUUCAUUUCGUUGAUAACAGUUCAUUGCCAGAGACUACAUCAGCCUCAGAGAAAUCAUUCUGGAAAAUCAAAAACUUUUUUGAUGCACUUAUUGAAAGAUUCUCCACUGUUUAUGUGCCUGAACAACAUGUUGCUACUGAUGAAUCACUGAUGCUGUAG